AUGGGGCCGUUGCGCUGGCAGGUGGCGGCCGCCAUGGCAGUAGGCCUCACGCUGGCCCUGGAGGCGCUGCCCUCCGUGCUGCGCUGGCUGCGGGCAGGGAGGCGGUCGCGGUCGCGGCGCGAGGUGCUCUUCUUCCCGUCGCAGGUGACCUGCACCGAGGCCCUGCUGCAGGCCCCGGGUGUGGGGACGGCGGAGCCCUCAACGGACUGCCGGUGCAGCCUGCCGCACGGCGAGAGCUCGCUGAGCCGCCUGCUGCGCGCCCUGCUGGCCGCCCGCACCAGCCUCGAGCUCUGCCUCUUCGCCUUCUCCAGCCCGCAGCUGGGCCGCGCCGUGCAGCUGCUGCAUCAGCGCGGGGUGCGCGUCCGGGUCAUCACCGACUGUGACUACAUGGCCCUCAACGGCUCGCAGAUCGGGCUGCUCCGCAAGGCAGGUAUUCAGGUUCGACAUGACCAGGACCUUGGCUACAUGCAUCACAAGUUUGCCAUAGUGGACAAGAAGGUGCUGAUCACCGGCUCCCUCAACUGGACCACGCAAGCCAUUCAGAACAAUAGAGAAAAUGUUUUGAUUAUGGAGGAUGAAGAGUAUGUGAGGCUUUUUCUGGAAGAAUUUGAGCAUAUUUGGGAAGAGUUCAACCCCACGAAGUAUACCUUUUUCCCACAAAAGAAGAGAGGCCACUGAAGCUGUGCUGUUGUCUCUGUCUGCAGAGCUGGAGGAGAGAAUGGGGGCUAACGCUGAAAGACUUUUGGUACCCACACUUGAAACCAGGCCAGACUAUAGAGAGGACAGACUGGCCCGAGCCCAGUCUGGACCCAUCGUGGGUGUUGGGGCCAGGCUGCGUUCUGUGAGUGAGAACCCCAGAGCAAGAAAGUCACAAACUAAAUUCUCCUUCAUUAAAAUACUGAAAAGUGAAGUGAAGAAUGGUUGAGGUUGAGGAGGAAAGGGGAGUUCCUGUCCCGUCAAGUUGGUUGUUUGGGGUUGAGUCUUCAGUUUUUCCCUCCACUAAAAGUCAGGUCAGCUUCACCUUCUUCCCAGCGUGACUUCUGGCACCUUGCCCGGCGUCUCGCUGGAGGCUCUGCUCCUGCUCUGCGCACAAGAGGCGCAGUGCCCUUCCGGGGUUGGAGGUCUGAGUCCCUUUCCUGAUGUGACAAUCCUCUGCCUCCACGAGCCCUUCUUUAGUCUCCGCGAGUGUUCCCUCCUGCCCUCCUGCCCCGCUCACCACCUGGCACUGCUGUGCCGCGCUCCCCGCACCCCCAUGCUGGCAGUCUCUCUGUCAGGUCACCAGCUCCUGGUGCAGCACAGCAGGGAGCGCCCCCGGGUGCCCUCACAUUCAUGAGUCACCCGCAGCGCAGUGGUCACUCCCUUCCCGGGGUUCACGUCCAUAACUGCUCUUUAAAGCAAAAGCACACGAGAAUGUUCCUCCUCGCCAGCUUCCUUUUGUUUUCAUGUGGAGAGUGUGGUUUGUCCGGAAGGGCUGUAAGCAGCUAGAAUUGGCUUCUGUUUCCAUGUUAAGCUUUUAGUUUUUAACGUUUUCAUGCGGAAGGUAAUGUUGGUAUAUGCAUUUAGAAGUGACCUGAACUGUAACACCUGCGGGACUUGGCUGAUUCGCACUCUUGGCUUGAUGUAAUUCAUCUGAGUUACACGCCGUCGGGGACACGCCCGCGGAGAGCCCAGUUUCAGACUUUGGUUCCUGACAGGUCUGAUGUUAUUCUCGGGCAGGAUUUUGUGCUCAUGGGUCUUAGAGCAGGUGUCUUACAUUUGUGAAAAGUUCCAGUAUUUUUCAUUACAUGUAUAUCUGCAUGUACACGCACACACACGCACACACACCCCUCGCACACCACCCGGAUGACUCACGCUAGCGUCGUGUCAUGUUCCCUGUACAGUGUGCCGUCGCCUGUCCUGAGGGGCCCUCCUUCCCCAGCACCCUCAGCGCCGCCUGGAGAGACAGUCAGUGCGACUUGUUUUUCUGUUUUUAAAGUUAUCUUUAACUCAGGUGUUAGUCAGGUAAACUCAAAGUUAAUUUUAUCCAUUUAAUUGAAGAUAUAAAGGAUAAUGUACAGAUUAGAAAGUACAGGAAAUGGUUUUACAUUAAAGGUGUUUUUUACCCGAGUCUGUGCUCCAGUCAUGUGUGUUAGUAAAACUGGAGAAGACUUGAGAACAUGUUUGUUGUCCUGAACAUCCUGCGUAUUUGAAAUAAAUGUUUUUCUGGAAGGUUAAUACCGUGUGUCCUUGCUCUU